AUGACCGCCGAGGUUAAAGUAAUUGUUAUUGGAGACACAAACGUUGGUAAAACUUGUUUAUUGUUAACAUAUACAACAAAUAGUUUUCCUGAUUCUUAUGUUCCAACUGUAUUUGACAAUUACACUGCUCCAAUUUCGGUGGAAGGAAAAGCCAUUCAAAUGAACCUUUGGGAUACUUCUGGUUCUGAUGACCUUGAUGAGAUGAGACCUUUAAGUUAUACUGAUACUGAUUGUUUUAUGAUUUGUUUUUCUAUUGCAGAGGAGGAAUCAUUUGAACGUAUCAAAACUAAAUGGGUUCCAGAAAUUAGAGAACAUUGUCAAAAUGAUGACCCACGUAUCAUAUUAGUAGGAACAAAAUGUGAUAUACGUGAUAGUCAAAAAUUAAUUGAUACAUUGAAAAAACAAGGAAAAGACCUUGUUAAAAAAGAGUCUAUUGAAAUUAUGGCAAAUGAAAUUGGUGCAAAAGGAUUUGCAGAAUGUUCAGCAGCAAAUCAAAAUGGAUUAAAUGAAGUGUUUGAAAUGGCGGCAAAAGUGGCACUUGGAAUGGAAGAUGAAACAGGGGAUAAGAAAGAUAAAAAAGACAAGAAAGACAAAAAAGAUAAAGAAAAAAGAAAGCAUAAUGGUAGUAUCUUUAAGAAGAUAUUUGGAAAAUAAUUUGUUUUCUUUUUUAUCAUAUCAUUAACUCUCUCUUUUUGUUUAAUUUCUUUUAUUAAUUUUGAUGCAUUUAUUGAA